AUGUCUAGCCUGGCAUAUCGUGUCAAACCGCAACAACCACAGCCGCAUAACCCGAGGAAGCACCAGAGGGGAAGCCCUUCUGGUGAUAGCCUAGAAGAGCGACCAGGUUCGACAGAGGAGAGACACUGCAAGAGGAUCUCGGGCGACUCCGGCUAUGGGUCAGAUACGCGGCGCCGAAGUCGCGACCGAAGCGGGGAUGCUUCCGAUCGCCGGAACGUGAGCCUCGAAUGCGUGAACAUCCAAGCCGGACUAGGCGAAAGCCUCAUCCCCCGCUGCCCAUCACCCCAGUCAGACAGCGACGAGGCCUUGGGCAUCCCACGGCGAUACAAGAGGCAUCUGCGCAGACAUAGCGCCGCUGUCGUGACUGCUCAGCCCAAUGGACCAUCUCCCGCAGCACAACAAGAGAUGUACGCUGAGAAAGAGGGAUUGGAGAAUUCUCUCUUUAAUUCCAUUAAAGGUCUGCGACGAAUGAAAGGAACCACAACUCUGCGCGACCCAGUUGACAAUUCGCGACCCCCAACAUCGAAUAUCGGGGUCACGAGAGCGCCCAACACCACUUCACCAAACGUCCCGCAUACACGCAUCGCCAAACCGAGCCUACAUCUGGAGACUUCGGUGGAAUCUCCCCAAAGGUUCGAACGGCCCAUCCAGCCUGCCUCACUAAGAAUGCCACGACCUGUCUCCGGCCCGCCCAAGCUACCCCUCAACUGGCACGCAAACCUGACGCCUCGACCCUCUUUCCUUCCCGUCGAGGAGCAGUCUGACUCGGCCAACGACAGCGGAGACGAAUCAUCGGUCGAGUCCAGCGUCUUCUCGGUUCCAGACUCCCCAAUAGAGCCAUGCCAACUCGAUCGGGAUGAUCCGCUGGCACCGCACAUGGGCGUCAUUGUCGGCAACAUCUUCCAGCGCUACCAAGAAUGGAGUGUCCGCGAAAGGGGCGGCGGACAAGGCCGACGGGCCUCGGGACAGCGCGCCAAUACCAACACGCCCGACUCUGGUCGCUCGUCGAGGAAGCGCUCACACUCUGACGACCUACCGGACCAAGACGCCUCCGACGGCGGGGACUCGAACGUGAUACCUGGGUUCAAGAAGCCAAAGGUCCCAGCGAACCCCUCGAAGCUAAUGUUCGCGUGCCCCUUUUGGAAAAACGACCCCGAUAACCACCGCCAAUGCUACAAGAAAGUCCUCAGCCAGAUAAAGUACGUCAAAAGCCACCUCUACCGGUUCCACGCCGCGCCCAUCACCUGCCCCUGCUGCGGCGCCGCCUUCCAGGACGAGGAGACACGGGACCAGCACGCGCGUGCACGGCGUUGCGAGGUCGUCAACGAGGGGUACAUCACCAACCACGAAGGCCUCUCCCAGGGCCGGAUGCGGCAGGUCUCGAAGCGCGCGAACCCGAGUCAUAGUCCGGAGGAGCAGUGGUUCACCAUCUGGGACAUCGUGUUCCCCUCCAGGCCACGACCGUCGUCACCGUAUAUCGAUGGUGUGCUCUCCGAGGACCUCUGCAGCCUGCGCGAGUUCUAUACCAGUGUCGGGACGGAUAUGAUGUUGGAAUACCUGGCGUCCCGAGACCCCGAAUCGGGAAACGACGAGAGGAGAGCCGCCAUGUACGACCGCGUUGCGUUCAAUCAGCUACAGGAAAGAAUCUACGAGGCAUGGAUGGCGCGUCGCGGCCUUCGACAGAUUCACGAUGCCAACGUCUCCGCCACGCCGCCGCGCACAGAGUCCGAUGAAGCAAGCCGUGCCUCCCCAGCAAACGGGGCAUCUUCUUCCCGGCGCGAAGACGAUCCGGCACAGCCGCAGCGGACGCAAACGCGGACGCAGGCGUCGCAAUAUGGUUCACAAGAGGAGACGAUCGUCCAACCCAUGCCGGUGCCGCCGGAUAUGGCUGUGCAGUUCACAGGCCAGGACUUUGGGGAAGCUGAUUUCAACCGCGAUGGUAACAUGUAUUACGACACGCAUACGCAGGCGUUGUUUGCUGAUUUAAAUGGGUUGUUGCCUGGUGCUGGGCAGACGGAGUUUGAGCAGGGCGGUUUUGUACCGCCGUAUAUCAGGUAA